AUGACAAAAUCGAUAAAAAAUUUCAUUAUCAACAGAUUUCCUUCACGACGUUCUGAGCUCACUGUUAUCAGAAGGUCGAGAAUAUCAUUUUUAUGGCUUUGCUACAUAGGCGUAUUAAUCUAUUUUUGCUGGAAAGCAUAUAAGCUGAGUCAAGAUGAGAGAACUUUUACCUAUAAAAAAGACAAUAGUACCAUUCCUGCCCCAACGACUGGCGAUUGUAAUAAGUAUGUCAACACCUAUCAAAAUGUCAAUGGUGGUUACUCGAAAACCUUCAAGGCAUCUGACUUGGGGUUUCAUGACCCUCACGGUAAUGCAAACGGGCCCACCUUACUAAGCAUUAUCUUGGCGGUUGAUAAAACGGAUAUAACUGAUCCAGCGUUUACUGGCGGCGAUGCUUAUCUGCAAGCGUGGUUUACUGAUGGAGAGGCGUUGGCUGAUUUGACAUUAGCGUCCCAAAGUCCAGGCUUAAAAGGAGUUAAUAAUUACAUGUCUACGGCAUGGGUUGGUAACAAUUACUACCUCGCUAACAACCAGUCGUACUCGUUUUUUUUUGAACGCAAAAUACCCGAACCCCUCAAUCGAAAUGUUGUAAACGUACUGUCUGGAAAAAACGGCGAUCAUAAACCUAUACCAUUGAUAAGCAGCGUAUUCGUAUCGUACCCCAACUCCGCUGUCGGAAGUUAUGCGACUGUAUUUAUAAGACCUAAUUCUUAUGUAGUCAUAACGGAAAUCGAAAACUCCGAUUUGACGGUAAGUGAUAUCCUCAGCGCUGUGGGUGGUAUUUACACUGCUGUAAUGGGAGUCUAUAUGUUCUUAUACGGCUCUGAUGAAAUGAGUCCAUGGGGUUUGAUUCAAAAUCUGCCGUGCAUCCGCCGCAAAGUUAGGUCUACGCUCUACGAUCGUCUAAGUCAUUACAGGGAAUUUGAGAGAAACCAGCAAGACGAUAGCGACAAUCCAAAUAUUCCGUUCGUGGGCCCUGUAUUAUCAAAAAAUCUUUCGAGCGACGAGAAAUUUGUAGCGGUUGAACAAAGACUGCUUUCACUGGAGUUCUUUUUAAGGGAAUACGUUGUAAACGUAGACAACGUCGUAAAAAAUAAAACUCGCAGAGGAGCGCCUUUAACAGUCCAAACCACAUACAGGGAUUCUAUUGACCCUACAAACCCUACUGACGUCCAGCAAUUAGAACAAGCGCGUCAGGAAUACGAACAAGAACAAGAAUUCGAACGUCAAGCCGCAGCACGUGAAUUACCAGGAACUGAGAACCUAUUCGAUUCUGAAAACGAAUCCGAGAACGAAAACGAAGCGUUAGAUAAAGGCAAGCAAAAGGAGUUAGACAAGGGAUUACUUACUCCUGAGAACGAAAACGUACAAUGCCUCGACUUAGUACUACCGCCACUGCCACAAAAUCAAGAAGUACCACAAGAGCAGCCGCAAAUCUUAGUCUACUUAUUAUCUCAAACCUUAGACGCGGCAGCGACUUCGUAUUUCGAAGAGACUCCUUACACGGCUUGGUCAUUCACGGGCUUUUUAACCGCAGCCAAGGGUUUCUGGUCGACCUCUACUCUAAGCGACGACUUAGUGUCAACAUUGAAGAAACGCUAUACGUUGUAUCUCAAAGACAUAUCCGGAAACAAAAAGGAAGUCAAAGAGAAGCGAUGCAUGGCGGAUUUCCUCCUAAAACAGGGUGGUGACGUCCCGCGCAUGCCUUCUGCUGCCACACAGCCAGGGAGGGUGACGUUCCUUCCCGUGAAAACGGGUCCCGUCAUUAAAGAAAUUUUGGAAUCGAUCCUUCUCGACGAGAAACUUGCUUUAAAAGAGGUUUCCUCAAAGCGCAAGAGCGAAAUCG